CUCUCCGUAUGGCUCGCCGUCCCUCUUCUGGCUCAAUUGGUCUGGCAAACUCCCCUGAGAUACCGCGUCGUAAUGGCUCCGCGAGUUUCAACACCCCCAAGCGCGACUCCAACCAUCUUGGCGAGGCUGCUCGAAGACCCGCCCCGCGCACUGCAUCCUCGUCACAGAAACUGGACAGCUCAGUCAACUUCAACGACAUUGACCCCGAUGACCUGUUCACGAAAUAUACCGUCUCCGAGAUUCGGACAGUGCAGCACCGCCUGAGGGCUGAGGCGGAUGCGAAGCAGGAGGAGCUGCGGCUUAUGGUUGGGGAACGGUACCGGGACCUUCUGCAGGCCUCGACGUCUAUACUGGCUCUCGCGAAAUCCUCAACAAAUGUGCUUGAGGCCCUAGAAGAGAUGCGGGACACCGUGCACUCUAUCGCCCCCUCACGAGCGCCGAAACGUGCAAUCAGUGGUGAAGACAAGCACCUACAAGCAUUGCAGUCCUUGUCAGCUCAUGUCAAGUUGCUUCUGGAUGCACCGGAACACCUCUGGCGUUUGAUGGAGCGUAAAUCGUACCUCAAUGCUGCCUGGCUCUUCCUGCUCGCCCGUGUGGUCCACAGAGCGCUCUCGCAAGAUGAGGAUGACCAGAGUUGGCAUGCGUACGGAAUUGACGUCUCGGAGCAAUUGCCGCUGGUGCAACGACAAUGGGAUACCAUCGCGCCAUUCCGCCCCCAAAUAUCACACAGGGCGACGCUGUUUCUGAGGGAGCCGAAUAGCACACCGGGGGAGGUCUGCGCAACACUCUUAACCCUUCACCUCCUUGACGCUCGACCGAUUCCGGACAUGUUGUCCAUAUACCUAGCGCAGCGAACGAAGACGUUGUCAGGGCUGCUAACUCGCAACGCCUCUACGUCCUCUAAUGGCAACUCAGCGGACUCCAAGCCGAACGGCAAGACUCCUCAUCGACCACGGAAAGUCGUGGUCAAGGAGGCCAAAUGCAAUGCAGAGACGGUCUUGGAGGCAGUAUCGCGCACAGUAGGCACGGCGAGACUCAUGUUCGCGGACGCCCCAUUUGGCGACUCGUCUUUGAUGAAGGCGGCGCUACAUUUCUUCCAGGUUCCUACCGACAGUCUAGCCCAACUGCCUCCAGAGCUGCAGUUGUCCACGCAACUGCUAUUGUCAUCAUUGCCAUCUUCGAGCCAUCUCCUUCUACUCCCACAGAACGUUCGUGCCUACAAACCCUACGUCGAUAACACAGCGCUCCUUUCGUCUAGCCUGCAAACCCAACUACAAGACAAGCUCCGAGCCUGGUUCAAUAAGGCGCUACAGGAGCUUCACGACGCACUCGCGGAUUGGUUCUCCCCUUUGGAGUCCAUACAAGAAGUGUGGAGCGUGCGCUCUGCGCUGCUGCAAUGGCUCAAUGGCGCAGAGGGCCUUGAUCCAUCUGAGCGACAAGAACUCGAGUCUGUCAUCAACGCUGCGUCCCUAAGCCAGGCAACGGCCGUUUGGAAGACCGCAUUAGGCCGCCUUGAAGCCUCCUUCCGAGGCGCCAUCGCGGCCGCGACGACUGCACUCGCGGAAACUACUGACGAACAUAUACUCGAUACCCAGCCUAUCACACAUCUAUUGCAGGCUCCGCCUAUACCAACAGGCUUACAGGCCGGUGCCCACAGCGCUGCUAUGGCCGCUACCCAGUUCGCGAAGUACAGGUCAUCUCUACGGCAACAGCUCAACGGGCGCACGCCCUUGGUGGAGUCCGCGCUGGCCACCCUUGAGCGUUAUGCUUCCGAGAUCCAAGAAGACCUCGCUGCGAUGCAGAAGUCGCUUGACAACAAGACCGAUUUAGUUCAACAACUAUCAGAUGCGUAUCGGGCAGACGCGGAAGCUGUCUGCGGAACCGUGUGCUCAGUACUGGAGACUACAGUUGCUGGAGAAGAACCCGUGCUGAGGAUUUCGGUAUAUGUCGGCCGGAUAUCACAAGAACUGGUUACCUCUUCGCACUUCUUUACACAAAUCGGUUGCGGUGAGGCGGCAACACGACGAUUCCACGAACGUUUGACUGCGCUGGCUUUCAAGCUCAUGCAGGACUGGCGCGAACGGACGGUUUCCAAAGUAGUACUAGGCGACUUGGAAACUAGCCGGUUGUCUGAUCCUCGUAACCCAUCCAAAGGGGACGCGAUUCUGCCCAGUCGACCGUCAACAGUUCUUACAGAAGCUUUGCUCUCUCUAUCGUCCGAGAUGCAACAGCUCGGUACCUGUCUAGACGAUGACCGUCGCCAACGACAAGUCGGCUUGACGGUAGAGCGGUUCAUCGCUGCUUUCCUAGAACGACAAGAAAUCCUGCCUCGACGGCAUGCUGAAGAUCUCCAGUCUCUGUGGGAUGCAACGUUCCUCCGUCGGCUCGCACGACUAUGGGAGACGACUGCCAAAGACGUACUUGAACGUGUAGAUGCCAACAUCGCGCGCUGGUGGGAGCGUGAUGAUGCCAAGAUACCACCACAGCCCGACAUCGACGCAUCGACGCAGGAGUUCCUCACCAAGACGCAAGUUCUGCUCGCACCGCUUCUCCCUUCACGCGCGCCACAAGGGACCCGGCCCACCAAGAAAGCAGACAAAGCCUCGAGUCUGCUUCUCUUUGGCACGCCGGGGGUCGAGCAGGGUUUCGAGCCGGCCUUGGAACUCGUAAAAACGCCCCCACGGUUUGGCCUGCUCCUCGUUGGCGGCGCAGCUCUCCGAUAG